UCCACAACUUCCUCUCUGGUGACGAAUCUCAGCCAAAAUUCACAGCCACUAAACCUCGGUCUUUUCGGAGAGGUUUCUAGAACAAAAGAAUCUGCUGGGUGACAGGGUGAUACAGCUUCCGAAUCAUCAGGUUUGCGCCCGUUGCUGGGAUCACCAGGGGCGAUUGGGGCUGAGCAAGGUGGGUUACGUCUCGCAGUGAGGGGCAAUUCGAGAGCUUAAAGACAAGGAGUCUCGGUCCUGCAACCCACUGCACUACACCAACCCAUCAUCAGCUGCUUACUUCGCAAGUUACAGAAACUCCUCCACUCAACUUCAAACAAGACAGUUUUCGAAGCUAUCUACUCAUUUGCGCAUCAGUACCUCAAGAUGAGCGACUUUGUUCCGCCAAGCGGACCUCCUCCACCAAAAGUUCCGGAGGGCUGGAAAGCGCAAUGGAAUGAGCAGUACAGCGAAUGGUUCUAUGUCAAUAUUUACACCAAGAAGUCGCAAUGGGAUAAACCCACGGAGCCCGUCUACCCACCUCCAGCUGAUGGCGCACCGCCCGGAGCUCCUCCAGGAUACAGCGGAGGUGGCCAGCCGCAACCUACAGACACGAAGCACAACCCCUACGAAUCAAGUAUGAAUCCAAACACCGAGUCCGACGCAGCACUUGCAGCUCGUUUGCAGGCAGAGGAAGAUCAAAGGGCUCGAAGCGGAAGCCGUGGCGCGCAACAAGACUACCAGAAUACACCUAUGCCAGCCCAAUCACCCGGCUAUGGCCAGCAGCCAGGCUAUGGUCAACCUCAACAGUCAUAUGGACAAGAAUUACCCGCUAGAGAUCAGAAAAAGAGCGGUGGAUUUCUUGGCAAGUUGUUGAGUAAGGCCAGUGGAGGUUCAAGUAGCCAUGGAGGCGGUGGAAUGAGUUCUUUCAUGAAACCGCAACAGCAGCAUUAUGGCGGAGGUGGCUAUCAACAAGGCUAUGGUCAACCGGGCUAUGGACAGCAAGGUUACGGACAACCCGGCUAUGGACAACAAGGUUUCAUGCAGCAAGGCUAUGGCCGACCUGGGUACGGCGGCGGUGGAUAUGGCGGCGCUCCUAAGAAGAGUGGUAUGGGAGCUGGAGGUGCUGCUGCACUUGGUGUUGGUGGUGGUUUGGUUGGUGGAAUGUUGAUUGCCGACGCGAUGAACGACAACGAUGAGCAAGAAGCAUACCAAGAUGGGUACCAAGAUGGUAACAAUGACGAUGGAGGCGACUUCGGAGGCGACGACGGUGGAGACUAAUGACUAUGGAUAUUGGGUCAUCCCGGUCUCCUAAUAUGGAUCGAGCGGAUGGGCGAAGCCUGGCUGGGUCAAUCUUUGACGACCGAGACGAGUUUAUUUUCCCCGGGUGCUUUUGAUGCGGAUCUGGAUGGAUGGCUUUUUGUUUCUGCGAUACAUGCUUGUAUUCGUUUGAGGAUUGCAAUCCGGCAUCUCGAGGUUUUAUGUAAGGGUUCGUGCCUCACUUUAAAUAGAAAUCUGAUUGUGGUGACACACGUCUGAAA